CCAAAGCAAUUAGUUGAGAAAUUGGAGAGAGGUGAGGAUGAUGGGUUCAGGAAGGUCAUGGGAAAGGGAGCAGGAAGAAGAAAGCUCCGGUUGCUUCAGACGUCGUUUUUUAGGGCUCAAGAGAAACCAAGUCAUAGAUUGCAGUCUCAGCCGCAGCGAGAUCGAAGAUUCAGAUUUUUCGGAGGAGCUGUUUGAGAUCAAUCUGAAGGAGCCUUUGGUUUUGGAUACCAUAAGAGAAGACUGCGAGAGCACUGUGUUUUCUCUUGAUAUCCACAACUGCAAUGAUAACGAUGAUGAAUACGACGAUGAUGAAGACGACGAUGAUGUUGUUUAUGUAGCAGUAAGCAACAACGAUGAACAUUCGAGUCCAAGCAUGGAAGCUCUUUCAUGGGCCUUGAAGCACGCCGUGACACCCUCUGCCACCGUCGUUCGUCUUCUACACGUUUUCCCUCAAGUCAAGCUCAUUCCAAGUCCAUUAGGAAAAAUUCCAAGGAGUCAAGUUAAUGAAGAGUAUACUAACAUGCACUUGGCACAAGAGAGAGCCAAGAGGAAAUUGCUCCUUCAAAAGUUCAUUGACCUCUGCGUUCAUUCUAAGGUUAAGGUGGAGAUGAUGCUGAUUGAGGGAGACGAUGUUGCUAAAGCUAUCAUGGACCAUGUUCGAAAUCUUAACAUAAGAAGACUGGUUGUCGGAAUUUCUGGAUCUAAUUUAAGAAAAUGUGUAUCUGGAAGGAAUAGUGGCAUAGCGGGCAAGGUACUAAAUUACGCACAGGAAAGUUGUGAUGUAAAAAUCAUAUGCGAAGGAAUAGAAGUGAUAGACCAGAUGAGUGAGUGCACCUCACCACGCUCCUCCACCGACAAUGGAACUUCAAUAAAUGAAUUCCGUGAAUUUUUCCCACUUAAGCUUUUUAUGUUGAGUUGGAUAUGGUUAUUUAAGUAGUUAGGAAUGAUCUUGCUUCCGUCGAUAUAUCAAUAUAUGAAUAUAAAAUUUGUGUAGUUAACAAUAUAUAAUCAUAUACACGCAUGAGGAAUGAUAGAUGUGCAUGCAAAAAUUUUGCUAUACAUAUAUACUCAGAGUAGUUCAUGGAUGUUGGAUUGUUUUAUUUACUUGAAGUUGAUGUAUGAAGUACUUCCGUUGGAUUUUUAUGUUUUAA